AUGGAACACGCAACUCCGACCACACAUCCACCACUUUUACCUUUCUCAGCACCGCCACUAACCGCCGCACAAAUCGCCACCCUCACAACACCACCACCGCCUUUUCCACCCCCCUCCGUCGAUCUCUCCCCUCUCGAAUUCCUACUAGCCCUCAUCGCCAUCGUCACCAUACCCGCCUUGAUCUAUACCUGUAUAUUCGCCUUCGGUUUCCCGUUUUGUCGCCGGCGAACAGAGCAAAACCCUCGCGAACUCUCAGUCUCUUCCGAUGACAACUCCAAAGUUGACGCUGCUUCCAUCUUCGAUCUAAAGUACAGAACAGACGCCCAUGUGAAGGAGAUCGGAGGUGAGUGUCCAGUUUGCUUGUCGGGGUUCACUGACGGUGAAAAACUCCGGCAGCUGAGUUGUUGUAAGCAUUACUUUCAUGCUGAUUGUAUUGAUUUGUGGCUUAGAAAUCGGGUUACUUGUCCGAUUUGCCGAGCUACAGUUUCCGGAAAACGCCGGUGUUCGUCGGCGGAAGCUCCGGCGAGAAAUUAUGAUAUGAUGCAGGGUCUUCCGGAUGCUUCCGGUUUAGUGUAA